UGCCUUGGGAGUGAAGAGAAAGACGUCUCCCUCAUCCCCUGCUCAGCCUGAAGAGGACCAAGACCUGGCCCAAGCAGGGAGCCUGAGGGAAUGGCCCCUGAACCCCAGAGACCCCUCUGGCAGGAGUCACUGACAUUCAAGGAUGUGGCUGUGGUCUUCACCCAAGAGGAGUGGUGCCUCUUGGACCAUUCUCAGAGAAAGCUGUACAAGGAAGUGAUGCUGGAAAACUCCCAGAACCUGCUCUCCCUGGGAAUUCCGGUUCUCAGAGAAGAUUUGCUCUCUCAUUUUGAGGACAGGGAAACACCAUGGAUCUUGGAUCAAAAAGGCCCAAGGAACUCCUGUCCAGAUGCAGAGACCAGAUUUGAAGUGACCACAUCUCCUUUAAAGCUGAGCAUUUUUGUGAAAGAAUCUCACCAGCAAAGAUUUGUAAAGGAUGGUCCCUGUGACUUCAAUUUGAGAGAAAUCUGUGACUGGGAUAUCAAGUUAGAGAAAAGUCUAAAUAAUCACUGUGAGUUUGAUAAAGAUAGAAAAGGAUUCUGCCAACAUUCAGUCCAAAUUCAAUGUAAGCAAAUGACCCCAGGAAAUGACUGUUGUCAAUAUAGUGAAGAAAGGAAACGUUUUACUAAAAAGAAUGGUUUUGUGCAUUGUUCUGAGAAACCUGAAGUGCAAAUGGAUCAAGGUAAUCAAUGGGAAAUGGCCUUCAGCUUCAGUUCAGACAUCAUUGGACAUCAGAAAAGUUAUCCUGGAGGAAUGCUUUCUUUAGCAAAUGAAAGUAGGAAGACCUUGAUCCAGAACUCAAAGCUCAAUGAAUAUCAUAAAAUUCACACUACAGGAAAACCUUAUGAAUGUAAUCUGUGUAGACAGGCUUUCACAAAUAGAUCCAGUCUUGGUAUACAUCAGAGAAUCCACAGUGGAGAGAAACCAUAUCAAUGUAAUCAAUGUGGAAAGGCUUUCACACAGAAUAACAAUCUUCUGACACACAAGAAAAUCCACACUAGAGAGAAACCUUAUGAAUGUAAUCAAUGUGGAAAGACUUUCACACAGAAAAACAAUCUUUUCACACAUCAGAAAAUCCACACUGGAGAGAAACCUUAUGAAUGCAAUCAAUGUGGAAAGACUUUCAGAACAAAGUCCACUCUUGCUAUUCAUCAAAGAAUCCAUACUGGAGAGAAACCUUAUAAAUGUAAUGAGUGUGGAAAGACUUUCAGACAGAAGUCCACUCUUUACCUUCAUCAGAGAACCCACACUGGAGAGAAAACUUAUGAUUGUAAUCAAUGUGGAAAGACUUUCACAACAAGGUCCACUCUUUAUUAUCAUCAGAGAAUUCACCCGGGUGAGAAAACUUAUGCUUGUAAUCAGUGUGGAAAGACUUUCACAAAAAAGCCCACUCUUGCUAUACAUCAGAAAAUCCACACUGGAGAGAAGCCUUUUGAAUGUAACCAGUGUGGAAAGGCUUUAGCAUAUAGGGCCCAUCUUGUUAACCAUCUGAGAAUCCACACUAGAGAGAAACCUUAUAAAUGUAAUCAGUGUGGAAAGGCUUUCCGACAGAACUCUGGUCUUGCUGUACAUCUGAGAAUCCACACUGGAGAAAAACCAUAUGUAUGUAAUCAAUGUGGAAAGGCUUUCAUACAGAAUUCCAAUCUUUUGAUACAUCAGAGAAUCCACACUGGAGAGAAACCUUAUGAAUGUAAUCUGUGUGGUAAGGUUUUCACACAGAAUGCCAAUCUUUUGACCCAUCAGAAAAUUCACAAUGGAAAGAAAUCUUACAAAUGUAAUCAAUGUGGAAAGACUUUCAGGCCAGAUCAUUCAGCCCAGACAGAUUUUCUUUGGGGGAUUGAAAUACCACGAUUACAGCUUCUAAAGGAAAGAAGCUGUAGAGGAAAGCAGGUAUCUUACAAGGGCAGGAUAACCCCUUGGGACCGGAGACCCCGCGCCAUGCUGCCGCAGCUGCGCAGGCCACCUCGGCUGCCCUGGCUGUCCCGACUGUACCGACUGUCCCGGGCCGCCGGCCCCGACCACAACAAAGAGAACAUCGAUCCAGACCAGUGCGGCCGCGGCGCCAAGCCUACCACGACUUGUACGUGGCUGGACUUGGUGGGGACCGCCAGCCCGGGCCAUGGCCUCGGCCUGGAGCCUCAGAAGCCCAAGGGCCAGGGAGUUGUUGCUUUCUUCAGGGAUAUUCCUGUUAAUGAAGAACAGGGUGAUGUGCCCUCCAGAAAUACCACCAGUAAGCAGGUUGCUUUCACAGUUCGAAUGUAUGAACGAGUUGAGGAGAAUGCAAAGAAACUUCCUGUCCCUAAAAACGUGGAUUCUGAAGAUGACGCGCUGGGUUUCAAUUCGGCUAUUUCGCUGUCAGAGACAAGAAAACCUUUGGUGGCCCCUGAUUAUCCAAUGGAUGGUAGUUUUGAAUCCCCCCUUACCAUGGGCAUGUCUGUGGUACUGGAACCAGAAGAAAAGCCACCAAAUGUCAAUGAGGUCCCUGACUACCAUGAAGACAUCUAUCUGUACCUUAGGAAAAUGGAGAUUCGGUAUAAGCCUAAACUCGGUUACAUGAAGAAGCAGCCAGACGUAACCAACAGCAUGAGGGCUAUUUUGGUGGACUGGCUGGUGAUGGUGGGGGAGGAAAACGACCUCCAGAACGAGACUCUACACUUGGCUGUGAACUACAUCGAUAGAUUCCUCUCCUCGUCAGUAUUCCAGGGGAACCUUCAGCUGCUUGGGACUGCUGCCCUGCACCUCGCGUCAAAGUUUGAGGAAAUCCACCCCCCAAGAACGGCCGAGCUUCUGCACCUCACAGAUAAGGUGCAUUCUCAAAAGGAAGUGUUGAGAAUGGAGCAGCUGUUGCUCAAAGUGCUUGCUUUUGAACUUGCAGCACCAACGGUCAACCAGUUUCUCACUCAGUAUUUCCUACAUCAGCAGCCGUCCAAUUCUAGAGUGGAAAGCUUAGCAAUGUUUCUGGGAGACUUGAGUUUAAUGGAUGCUGACUCCUACCUGAAAUAUUUACCAUCAAUUAUCUCAGCAGCUGCCUUUCAUAUAGCACUCUACACAAUCACUGGGAAAAGCUGGCCAGAGUCUUUAAUCCAAAAAACAGGAUACACCUUGGAAAGUCUACAGCCAUGCCUAAUGGACCUCCAUCAGACCUUCCUUGGAGCACCACAGCAAGCCUUACAGUCUGUACAAGAAAAAUACAAGCAGGCAAAGUACCAACGUGUAUCCCUCAUCAACCCUCCAGAGACACUAAAUCUCAUAGUGAGGGAGAGACACAGAGCUCUACUUGCAACAAAAGCCAAGUUGUACAGUUUUUUCAUGAACCCAGGUGUCUUCAAAAAGAAUCACUUCACAAAGCACAAGCUGUGA